ACGCAGCGGUCUGUUUGCGCGACGGUGACGACGGGAUUUUAUUGCUUUACAUUUAUCUCACUGGAUUAUAUUUCAGAAGAGUGUGAUAUAACACUAUAAAACAUACAGUAUAUUGUUUAUUUUGUAUAUUAUCGCGGCAUUUUGAAACACUUAGUCCUGAGGUGAAGACUGGAGUCAUGUAAAUGAACCACAUACGUCACGAUGACGCGACAAGCGCGAGCAAGUAAAAUUAACAACAAAACUCGACGAAAAUAUCUUAAACACCUCAUUACUCGUUUGCUUUUUUCGUUUAAAAAACAACCAAUGCGUAAAAAUUAGGCUGACCAUUUGUGUUGUUUUAUAGCUAAAUGUUAAGUGAAGGUGCUUCUUGUUCCUGUAAAUAGCCUACUAAAACAUAUAUGCAAGUCAAACAAUAUUACAACUAACUUAUAUUCUUCAUGUGUAUACAGGCUGUAAUUUCAUAAAACACGAUUUCUGUGCCGCAUCGUGGGCAGGCAUGAAAUUCGAUCUGUAUAACUUGCAAGCACUAUAAUUUACUAAAUAUGAAAUGUUUACGCCCCUUAGUUAUGCAAGUAUAAAACAACCGUCUAAAAUGUGUCACGCGCGAAGGACCACAGACCGAGUAAACGUUUGUCAUAAAAAGUGCUUUUCAAAACAGUGACGCAACAAUAGAGGGACAAGAAGAAAUGAAAUCCUUCCACAUUUCAUCACUUCUAGCAUUCUUGCUCAGUUGCCUUGUGCUCUUCUGUGGGUCAAGUUCAAGUUUGGCGUAUGCUUCAAAUAAAUUUUCCCUCCCAGUGAACAGCCAUUCCCUUCGGGCUGUAUGUAGAAUGCGCCCUAAUACUCAGUUAUCAUCUGGAAAGCCCCUUGUGUAUGGUUUUGUUUUUUUCAAACAGUCUGGCCCAAAGGAAAAGAUGAGCGUGACUCUCAGACUGAAUGGUCUCCCUGUCUACAGCCAGCAGCUCAGAGCGAUGCACAUUCAUGAGUACGGAGACAUGAGCAGAGGCUGCGGAUCUACAGGUGGGCAUUACAAUCCCCUCGGUGUGAACCAUCCACAACAUCCAGGGGACUUUGGGAACUUUGUUCCUGUUAAUGGGAAGAUCCGCCAAUCACUGGACUCCAGUGCAACACUCUUUGGGAGACUCACAGUACUUGGCCGGUCUGUUGUGAUUCAUGAGGGAGAGGAUGAUUUAGGCAGGGGUGGAAUCGUGGAAAGUUUACUGAACGGCAACGCUGGAGGGCGAUUGGCAUGCUGUGUUAUUGGACUGGCAAACCCCCAAAAUUAGUUUGCAUAAAUAACAUGCAUUUUUAUUAAUCAGAAAAACUGGUAUGCUUUAAAAGUGGAACUGUAGAGUAACUUGCUCAAAAUGCCUGGUUCUUAUUGUGUCUACUAAAUAACACUUAAUAACCAUUAAAGUGAAUAAACUGGGUUUUCAAAGGUGUCUACAUCUCCAA